AAUAAAAAAAUACCAUGGGGAGGAGGAAAAUUGAGAUGAAAAUGGUGAAAGAUAGCAGCUCUAGGCAGGUGACCUUCUCCAAGAGAAGGACUGGUCUGUUUAAGAAAGCAAAUGAGCUUGCUACUCUGUGUGGAGCUGAGAUUGGUGUCAUUGUUUUCUCCCCUGGAGGCAAGCCCUUCUCAUUUGGGCACCCAAAUGUGGAGUCAAUUGCUGACAGGUUUCUAAAUCAGGAGGGCUCAAAAUCAAAAGCUGGUUCUUCAAAUUCAAAGAAUGAAGAAACAGUGGAGAGGCUUAGCCAACAACUUGAUGACCUGAACAAGAAGUUGGAGGCUGAGAAGAAAAGGGGACAUAUGCUUGACAAGGCAAUACUGAAAGCAAAGGGUUUGCCCCUCAAGAGCAAGGCACCAAAUAUUCAUGAGCUGAGCCAGGCAGAUCUUCAAAAAAUGAAGGAGUCUCUGGAACAGCUGCGCGAGAAGGUGAAAGCCAGGGCCUGUGAGAUGGAGGCAUCAUCUUCAUUGCUGCUCCUGGCAAACGAGCCUGAUAUAGAGACUGAUAGGACUGUUGCUAAAAAUGAGUGAGAGACCUUAUUUGAUUAAUUUUGUUAGGGCUACCAACCACAUGAAUGUCUCUCUUUCUCCUGAUGAUGUUGGUGUUAGGUAGAUUUGGUUGUUCCUG